CUCCCCAUGUGCUGAAAGCCAGAGUCAGAAAGCAAAACGAGACUCACAGUGAGCAACAGCAACAGGAAAACUGAAUUCAUUCUUAAAUAUACUGCGACUGAAAGUGCUGGACAAUGUGUAAAGGAUUAGCUGCCUUACCCCAAACCUGCCUCGAAAGGGCGAAGGAGAUCAAGUCGAAAUUGGGAGUUUUGCUGCAGAAGCCAGAAAAUGCCAUUGACCUCAUCAUCCCCUACCCUGAGAAGGCUGAGAAGAAGCCGGAGAAGCUGCAGAAGCCUACUCCUGAGGAGGCUGCUCAGUGGCGUGAAAGUCUGGACAGAGUCCUGAACAACGGCUAUGGUCUGAAUGCUUUCCGCAGUUUCCUGCAGUCAGAGUUCAGCGAUGAGAAUAUUGAGUUCUGGAUGUCCUGUGAGGACUUUAAGAAGACCAAGAACCCCAUGAAGAUGGCUGCCAAGGCCAAGAAGAUCUAUGAAGACUUCAUCCAGUCCGAGGGACCCAGAGAGGUGAACAUUGACCACUUCACCAAGGACGUGACCCUGAGAAACUUGGUGGAUCUCUCCCCUGCGACCUUUGACCUGGCUCAGAAGAGGAUCUUCGCCCUGAUGGAGAAAGACUCCUUUGGUCGUUUCCUCCGGUCUGAGCAAUACCAGGAGCUUCUGGUCAACUAAGCCAGAGCGGGAGUCUGGGGAACUUGGGUGGGGGGGUGGCGGGGAGGUUUCAAACAGCAGUACAUAAUAUGAAAUUAAUAGAAGACUAAUCUUUUUAAAUUAAGUGUUUCUAAUAAACUACAAACUGUGUAAGACAGCCUCAGAA